CACGUGGACAGUAUGAUAUUGAUAGAUCUGAGAUGCAUCCUUUCUCUCAUACUUGAUUUCUAUCUGUAUAACAUUGUCUACAUUUCUCUUUAUAAACUGCAAACCAGUGUCUCUCUGCUCAAGCUUACAACAAUUCUAAAUCUAUUCUAACCUAUUCUUCGAUAAUGCCUUUUUAUGUAGACAAAUAGUUGCUCACUAUGGAAACUAUCCUCGAACAACAACGUCGAUAUCAUGAAGAACGGGAAAGACUCAUAAAUGAGUUAACAAAAGAAAUGCUUUAUCAUCCUACUACACAUCGGGAAAAAUUGAAUUCAGAACUUCGACUAAGACUAAUGUAUGAUAGAUACUUUGAUGUCACUCAAGAUCUGAAAGAUCUUUAUGAAGAUAAAGAUGGCCUCCGUAAGGCUGAUAUUCAAACUCUUUCAGGUCCAAAUGAGUUCAAUGAGUUUUAUGAAAGAUUAAAACAGAUAAAAGAAUUUCAUCGUAAACAUCCUGGAGAGAUAUCCGUUCCAAUGUCUGUUGAGUUUGAGAAAUAUAAAGAAAUGCGGGAAAAACCUGAAGAAGCGAAUGCUGUCCUAAUUGAUUUUUCAGAUGAGGAAGGCUAUGGUCGUUAUCUGGACUUACACGAUGUAUAUAAAAAGUAUUUAAAUGUUAAAGGUGUUCCACGUAUAGAUUAUCUAACUUAUAUCUCCUUUUUCGAUCGGCUGUAUGAUAUAUCUCGUGACAGAAAAGGAAUAGCAUACAAAGCUUACCUUGAAGAUUUAUUAGCCUAUCUUGAGAACUUUGUAUCGCGGGCUAGACCUAUUGUGGAUUUAGAGGAGGAAACUAAGGAAGCACUCGCUAAAUUCGAAACUCAAUGGAGUCAAGGAACUUUUCCUGGUUGGGGUCGUGAAGCAGCCUCUGCCUUAGCUCAUGGUGGGGCUCAUUUGGACUUGACUGCUUUUACAGCCUGGGAAGAACUUGCUUCGCUUGGGCUUGAUAGACUUAAAUCAGCUCUACUCGCCUUGGGAUUGAAAUGCGGUGGAACCUUAGAAGAAAGAGCCCGUCGUUUGUGGGCUACUAAGGGGAAAGCUCUUGAAGAGUUACCCACAGACCUGUUUGUUACAAAGCAACGCGCAACGAAAGGUUUCGCUAAAACAGCCGCUUGGGGACAUGUCCCUUUAGCAUUGUCGGAGAAAUUGAAAGAGGUUGCUACAUUAGAAGCUAGAAUAUACAGGCUCAGUGAACUUGUAAGAGAACAUCGAGAAGCCACUAUUGAAAAUGUACAACGUCGGCAGGCACGAAUUGGAUUUGAAAGAGAUGAAGAUGAUACAGAUGCAGAUAAAGAUGCUGCAGAUGCAGAAAAUGGACAGAAUGGAGAAGAUGAUGAUAUCCCUUAUAAUCCAAAAAAUCUACCUCUUGGUUGGGAUGGCAAGCCUAUUCCCUAUUGGUUAUACAAAUUACAUGGAUUAAAUAUGUACUAUAGCUGUGAAAUAUGCGGUAAUCAAACCUAUCGUGGUCCUAAAGCUUUUCAACAACACUUUUCUGAAUGGCGACAUGCACAUGGUAUGCGAUGUUUAGGUAUUCCGAAUACAAUACAUUUUGCUCAUGUAACAAAGAUUGAAGAUGCUUUAGCUUUAUGGCAGAGGAUAAGAACAAUGAAAGAAGGUGAACGUUGGCGUCCAGAAGUUGAAGAAGAAUUAGAAGAUUCAUCUGGUAAUGUUGUUUCAAGAAAGACCUAUGAAGAUUUAAAACGUCAAGGUCUUCUUUGAAUAUGUAUUGGGGGCGUGGCAGAGAGGCAGGGAGGGUUGGUAAUACAACGAAACUGUGAAAUUAUUAUCUUUCUCUUCUCCCAUUGUAAUAAAUGUGUACACUUUCAGAAUAUAAACUUUUAAC